AUGAGAGUACAUACAAAGGAGAAGUCAUUCAUUUGUGAGAAUUGCAGCAAAACCUUCUAUGAGAAGGGCCAUCUAUCAAGGCACAUGAGAGUACAUACAAAGGAGAAGCCAUUCAGAUGUGAGAUUUGUGGCAAGACCUUCUAUGAGAAAGGCCAUCUAGCAAGACACAUGAGAGUACACACAAAGGAGAAGCCAUUCAGAUGUGAGAUUUGCAGCAAGGCCUUCUCAAAGAAAUGUACUCUAAUAAAACACAUGGGAGUACAAACAAAAGAUAAUCCAUUCAGCUGUGAGAUUUGCAGCAAGGCCUUCUCAGAGAAAAGUAUUCUAGUACAGCACAUGAGAGUACAUACAAAUGAGAAGCCAUUCAGAUGUGAGAUUUGCAGUAAGACCUAUGAGAAAAGCCAUUUAGCAAGGCACAUGAGAGUACAUACAAAGGAGAAGCCAUUCAGCUGUGACAUUUGCAGCAAGGCCUUCUCCGAGACAGGUAAUCUAGUAAACAAGGCCUUUUCUGUGAAAGAUACUCUAGUAGAUCACAUGAGAGUGCAUACAGAGGAGAAGCCAUUCAGAUGUGAGAUUUGUAGCAAGACCUUCUAUGAGAAAGGCCAUCUAGCAAGACACAUGAGAGUACAUAGAAAGGAGAAGCCCAUCAGCUGUAAUCUAGUAAGACACAUGAAAGUACAUACAAAGGAGAAGCCAUUCCGCUGUGACCUUUGCAGCAAGACCUCUGAGAAAAGUUCUCUAGUAAAGCACAUAAGAGUACAUACAAAGGAGAAGCCAUUCCGCUGUGAGCUUUGCAGCAAGACCUUCUCUGAGAAAAGUUCUUUAGUAAAGCAUAGGAGACCAGGGGGCUCUGCCCCCUGGACUCCCCGUGGUAUUAAAAUGCGCCUAGCCAGGGGCUACGCCCCCUGGACCCCCUACCAAAGGGGCCUGCCCUUAACCCCCCAGGGUUUUUAA